AGAACAGCCUCAGAUGCUUGGAAUAAUUCCGCUUCCGUUGGGAAUAGGGACGAGCCGCUUGUGACUGAGUCGAGCGAGGGCUCUCAGCGGUCGCUUCCCCACCAGGCUCGGGCACCGCUUUGUGGGACCCACCGCCAUGGCAACCUCUCCUCAGAAAUCGCCUUCCUCCCCCAAGUCUCCGACGCCCAAAUCGCCCCCUUCCCGGAAGAAAGACGAUUCCUUUCUGGGAAAGCUCGGAGGCACUCUGGCCAGGAGGAAAAAAGCGAAAGAAGUAUCUGAACUACAGGAAGAAGGAAUAAAUGCCAUAAAUUUACCACUCAGUCCAAUUCCUUUUGAACUAGAUCCUGAAGAUACUAUGUUAGAGGAAAAUGAAGUCCGAACAAUGAUUGAUCCCAAUUCAAGAAGUGACCCAAAACUACAGGAGUUAAUGAAGGUAUUAAUAGAUUGGAUUAACGAUGUGUUAGUAGGAGAAAGAAUAAUUGUAAAAGAUCUGGCUGAAGACAUGUAUGAUGGACAAGUACUGCAAAAGCUCUUUGAGAAGCUUGAGGGUGAGAAACUCAAUGUGGCUGAAGUCACACAGUCUGAAAUAGCUCAGAAACAGAAGCUACAGACAGUACUUGAAAAGAUCAAUGAAACCCUUAAACUUCCUCCCAGAAGCAUCAAAUGGAAUGUGGACUCUGUCCAUGCUAAAAGUCUGGUUGCAAUACUGCAUCUUUUGGUUGCAUUAUCACAAUACUUUCGGGCCCCAAUCAGGCUGCCAGAUCAUGUGUCUAUUCAAGUGGUGGUUGUCCAGAAGCGAGAAGGAAUCCUCCAGUCCCGACAGAUCCAAGAGGAAAUAACUGGCAAUACUGAGGCAAUGUCAGGACGGCAUGAACGAGAUGCAUUUGACACACUGUUUGACCAUGCUCCAGAUAAACUCAAUGUUGUGAAAAAGACUCUCAUAACUUUUGUGAAUAAGCACCUCAAUAAGCUGAAUCUGGAAGUUACAGAACUAGAAACCCAGUUUGCAGAUGGUGUGUACCUGGUGCUCCUGAUGGGUCUUCUUGAAGGUUAUUUUGUGCCUCUUCACAGCUUUUUCCUAACUCCUGAUAGUUUUGAACAAAAGGUACUCAAUGUGUCAUUUGCAUUUGAGUUAAUGCAAGAUGGAGGGCUGGAAAAACCAAAACCAAGGCCAGAAGACAUUGUCAACUGCGACUUGAAGUCAACGCUGAGAGUGCUCUACAAUCUGUUCACCAAAUACAGAAACUUGGAAUGAAGAAAAGCACAUCAGGAAGCCACGAGCAGCAAAAUUGGAACCAAGCAAAAAAGCCCUCCUUUGUUCGCAGUCACUCUGUAUUUACCCUACGCUUUCUUCAUAGGAAAUGGCACUCUUUCUUGGAAUGUUCUUUGUCAUUAAAUUUAAAUAUUUUGUUAAAAUAUUUAAAUUAGGACAAUCUUAAUUCAGAAAUAUUAAAAAGUGAAAAUCUGCUGGAAGAUAAAGGUUUAAUUGAGAAAAAGCAGGUCGCUAUAUGUAUUAACCCUUGGUUUUAACUGUCUUUUAAUUUCUUAGAGAAUAAGCACCAGGCACAAAUCCUGAUCUAUGACCAAGCUAAGCUAAAUUACUGCCAAACAGAAAUAAGAAUCUGCUCCAAUGAACUAUCUGGAGAAAAACUCAUGCACACUGUUUUCUAUAUUGCUGUGCAGGAUCUGUUGCCUUGCACAAGUCUUUGCUGCCUUUGGCCUAGCUUCUCUAGUGCUCCUCCCUUCCUUCAUGUGGUUCCUCCGUGCCACACCUAGGACAUAAUUGGACACAUGAGAUGGAGGCCCAGGCUCUGACUGCACUGGACUUUUUGUCAGUCCUGGAGCCAGAACAAAAGUGCCACACUGGACUACUUUUCCCAUAUAUUCACAGAAGUCAUAAUUGAUAGGAGCAAUGUCUCCCCCUUACUCUUAGCAGCACCCAAUCGCCUUUAGCAUUCAUGCUGCAAACUGCUGUUUAAGGUGUAGAUGGUCCACAAAAGGCUAUAAAUUGAAAUUUUAAUUAAGUUGUGGAUUCUGCUACAGAUUUUUUUUUCUCUUUCUCUGUAUGUUGAGUGUUUAUUUUGGGUAAAUGAUCCAUUUGAUUCAUAAUAUGAUUCAAAGAAAGGAAGGAAGGGAGAGAGAGAGAGAGAGACCAUGUAUAGUUUGAUGAUGCAAAUUAAACAGCCUGUGCCACUAUAAGGGGCCAGUUUUUUGUUCCCAGUAUUUACAUUCUCCCAAUUUUUUCAUUCCUAUAAAGUCUGCAUGAAGUUUUCCUUAAAAUAUACCCAACUUUGCACUUAGAAUAACACACAGUAUAGUAUCUUUGGCAGUAAAAUACUCUUGUUUACUUGCGAAAACAGAGGUACGAAUUAUGUACAUUAAAAAUGUGGAAAACAUACAGCAAGAAAGUCAGUACAGUGCCAUACAUUCUGGAAAUAUAGCUGAGGUCAGGGCAUUGAAAGAAAAUGAGAUAAGCUUUGUUUACUUAAUGGUAACGAGACAAGAAAGAAUAUAAUUGAUAAUAGUAAGAUAGAAGGCUUAGAGAAAUAGAGAAAUAAAUCACUGAAAGAGAAGUGUUUUUGUUCAACUUGUUUUCUGAAUACCUCAGAUGAAUGAGAAAUUCUGAUCAUUUACAGAAAAACAGACAAUGCUGUACUGUUGAUUUUGAACAACAGAAUUAGACUGUAUACAGAUAAAGUAUAAAUCUUGAGUAUAAUAUAUUUUUAUUCAAUUUGAUUUACACUUACUUUGUACUGAAAUUUUAGAAAGAGCAGUUUAAAAAUGUAUUCUCUAUGGAAAAUGAUAAAUGUAAAAUAAUACUCUCUACCUAUUUUAUAAAGUUAGAUUCUGAUUUUAAAUGUCUUUUAUUUAGUGUCUUUAGGUAAUGUACAGUAGCUUCAUUUUUUGUACUUCAAAGAAAACAGUUCACAUUAUAUAAGGACAUGCCUUUUGCCCUCCAGAAGCUGAUAUAUUGCUUUAAGUACUCAGUGGCCCAGAUCCAAGUUCAUCUCAAUCUUCACUGUACUAAAUUUGCCAUGAGGCAUUUUAUGGGGUUUAUACUGCUCAAAUUACUAUAAGAAUUGUGUAUGAGGAGGGACUAUAUGCCCAAGUAAAACCCUUGUUCAUAUAUUCAAAUGUGAUUUGUUACAUACCAUUUUUCACUGUAUGAGGAUUGUGAUAUGGAUGAUACAUAAAAUGUGUCUAAAUCAUUUUUUGAUAUGUUCAAGGGGACUAGUUCUCCGUGAAUCCUUGAUCCUUGAAUUUUGCCCAUUGUGUGGAGACAGUAUAAUUGGUUAUGUUUAAGGUUCAGAGAUACUUAGUAUACCCUAGCUCACUGAAUGACCAUUCUCUAAAAUACUUUUGGAUUUUGGAUUUGUGUUUGAUUUGAUUUAACCUCCUUGAACAGCAACAUGUUUCAUCAUGUACAGAAUCUCCAGGUAGAAGCUGCAUGCUGGCUGCUUACAUUAUAAAAUCAAAGUUAACAUUGUGAAGAGGAAAAGGUUGGAAUAGUUGGUGAUUGCCAAUAAAAGCGAAAAUUCCUCAUCAA